AUGUUUGUGAGCUUAGAAGAGAUCAGCUUGGAAUUCGUCAUUGCCAGUUUUCUUGGAGCUGAGUUUAUUUGGAGGAAGAAGAAGAAGAAGAAGAUGAUGAUUGGGACUUCUGAUGCAGUGACCCAUAAUGCCUACUCAAAUGGGUUGAUUCAGCACUCAAAUGAUUCUGUUGAGGAGAAGCUUGAUGAGCUUCGACAUCUAAUGGGCAAAACAGAAGGUGAUCCACUUAGGAUAGUUGGUGUUGGUGCAGGUGCUUGGGGAAGUGUCUUUGCUGCUAUGUUGCAAGAUAGUUAUGGUCACUUUAGAGAGAAGGUCCAAAUAAGAAUAUGGAGACGACCAGGAAGAUCUGUUGACAGAGCCACAGCAGAACAUUUAUUUGAAGUGAUCAAUUCAAGGGAAGAUGUGCUGAGGAGACUGAUUAGGCGGUGUGCUUACUUGAAGUAUGUUGAAGCAAGAUUAGGUGAUCGGACGCUUUAUGCAGAUGAGUUACUGAAAGACGGGUUUUGCAUCAAUAUGAUUGACACCCCUCUUUGCCCUUUGAAGGUUGUCACAAAUUUGCAGGAGGCUGUGUGGGAUGCUGACAUUGUGGUGAAUGGACUGCCAUCAACAGAAACUCGUGUGGUAUUUGAAGAAAUUAGUAGGUACUGGAAAGAGAGAGUAACAAUGCCAGUCAUCAUCUCUCUUUCAAAAGGUGUCGAGGCUGAAUUGGAGCCUGAACCACGCAUAAUUACACCCACUCAAAUUAUCAAUCGAGCAACUGGUGUUCCAAAUGAGAACAUUCUCUACCUUGGAGGACCCAAUAUUGCCUCAGAGAUUUACAACAAUGAAUACGCUAAUGCUCGCAUAUGUGGAUCUGAAAAGUGGAGAAAGCCAUUGGCCAAGUUUUUAAGGCAGCCCCACUUCAUCGUGUGGGACAAUGGUGACCUUGUUACUCAUGAAGUUAUGGGCGGAUUGAAGAAUGUGUAUGCCAUUGGAGCUGGAAUGGUAGCUGCGUUAACCAAUGAGAGUGCCACCAGCAAAUCGGUAUACUUUGCACAUUGUACAUCAGAGAUGAUAUUUAUCACCCAUUUGUUGGCCGAAGAACCAGAGAGGCUGGCAGGGCCUUUGUUGGCUGACACAUAUGUAACCUUAUUGAAAGGUCGUAAUGCAUGGUAUGGACAAAAGCUAGCCAAAGGGGAGUUAACCCUUGAAAUGGGUGAUAGCAUCAAGGGCAAGGGUAUGAUUCAGGGGGUCUCUGCUGUAAAAGCAUUUUUUGAGCUGCUAAGUCAUCCCUCUUUAAGUAUCCUACAUCCUGAAGAGAACGAGCCCAUUGCUCCAGUUGAGCUUUGCCCUAUCUUGAAGAUGCUAUAUAGAAUACUUAUAAUAAGGGAGUUUCCACCACAGGCUAUUCUUCAAGCGUUAAGGGAUGAGACCAUGAAUGACCCUCGGGAUCGUAUUGCGAUUGCACAAACCCAUGCUUUUUACAGGCCAUCCCUUCUUGGCCAGAAGUUUGAUGUGGAUAUCUCUUUCUUUUGCAUGUAA